AUGAGUGAAACGUUUUUCACUAAUAAAUAUGAUCCAUUAAUUAUCAUCGUGAGUUUAUUUCUGUUAAUAGGAAAUAUUUUCUUUGUUAAUCAAGAUUCAUACCGAUACAAGGUGGCAACAAGAACAACAGCAAAUGAAAAACAGGAAGAAGAAAUAUUCAUCUCGAACACGAACCAAAUAUCAUCGAAUAAAGUAAAGGAUUUUAUCUCAAGAAUACCGAUUGAUCCUUGUGAAAUUUGUCUAAAAACAAAACGGGAUAUGAUGGAUAUAUCAAAUAAGAUAAUCAUAUAUAAUCAAAUACUAAAAUGUGAUACAUCUUUGUUUAACUUAAUCUUACGAGCUCAAUCAAAAAAACACAAAUAUCAAUUUGUCGUAAAAUCUCAUGAUUAUUCUAUACAAAUACUAAAUAAAAAUGAACAAAAAAAAUUUGUGGCAUAUAUUCAAAAACUAAAACGACGUACUAUUUAUAAAAGAUCAAUUCGUUUUAUUAAUUUUGAAAAGUUUAAUAAAUCACAGCCAUUUUACAUUAGUCUAUUACAAAAUCCAUUUGAACGUAUCUUGUCGGACUACUACUAUUCUCGAUAUCUAUGUAAGAAAAAAUCUAGUAUCUGCUUUAUAAGAAACAAGAGAAUUCUACAUGAAUCAUUAGAUGAUUGUCUAAUACGAAAUAAAAAUCAAUCUUAUUUUUGUAUUUCAUCUAAAUCUGGUGUUAAUUCUCCAAUAGCCUAUUUUUGUGGUCAAAAAUCAUUCUGUGAUCAAUAUAAUUCUAGACAAGCUCUUGAUCGUGCAAAAUCAAAUAUUGAUAAACAUUAUCAAUUCGUUGGUAUUACAGAAGAUUUGCCCAAAACAUUUUUGUUAUUGGAAAAAUUGAUACCAAAAUAUUUUAAAAAUAUCACUACUGUCUACAAUCAUCAUCAUUUACGAUAUAAAACAAAAUCAAAACAUUAUAUACAAAAACCAACCGCUGCAACAGCACAAUGGAUACAAAAUUUACUACAAAAUGAGAUUGAACUGUAUGACUUUAUUAAACAACUAUUUUAUAAUCACUAUCGACGUUUAAAAUGA